AUGGCAUUGAGUGCAACCAAAGAGAACAAUGAAGAACCAUCAAAGUCCGGAAUGUUUAUUGCAACUGGUAUGAAAAAUGGAAAGCAACUUGAUCCUGAAACCAAAGUUGUAAUAGUAAGUAUUCAAAAUCGUAAAAACUCGGGGGAAACAGCAGAUGACUCAUUUAAGGCAGUGUUUGAAAAUGAGCAGCCUGAUCGAGUUCGAUACUAUGGUAGAUCUGUUACAACAACUUCUCUAAAGAAAGAUGAGGAAAUCAUCAAAAUCAAACAAAAACUAAGUGAACAAAUUGAGAAACUGCAAGGUUUGGUGGAAGAAGUACAAGAAUUGCAACAACUGCGACAUCUCAUGAAAGUUUUGAUAAAAAAUAACCCUAGACAAAACCUUGAGGAUGCAAAUGGGUGUAUUGGAUCUAACCUACCAUGUAUGAUCGGUUCAAGUAGCGCGUAG